AUCUGCAACAAACAUCGUCCCACUUGCUUUCAUAACCCACGCACAAAGCCACCGCAACAAACACAACAGAAGAAUCCUCAAUUCUCACUGUCUUUUAUUUUUUUUAAGAAAAACUUAUUUUUUCUUCCUUUUCCUGAAACCCCAUAAAGCGAAAUCGCAAAGGUGUCUUGGAAAAGGGGGAUUUUGCAAUAAAAAGGAGGGGUCUUUAGGGGGGAGGGAAGAGAAAGGCGUAAGCUUUGUUUUGGGGCAAUGGGGGAUUUGGAGAAGCAAGAGAGGGUGGAAGAGGGAAGGGAAGGUGAUGGUGAGGAGGAGAAGGAGAGGCUUUUGGAGGGCAUGGCGGUUUUGGAUUUUGACAUGCUUUGUUCCUCUGUGGCAUUGCAAAGUGCUCAUGGAAGUUGGGGGAAGCUUGGUGGUGGGGAUGAAGAACAGCAAGGUGGGGUUUUGAGGAUGUGGGAAGGUGAGCUUCUUGAUUGCUUUGAGGAUCGUCGCAUCGCUUUCGAAUCUGCCUGUUGCCCUUGCUACCGAUUCGGGAAGAACAUGAAGCUAGCUGGUUUUGGUUCUUGCUAUAUACAGGCUAUAGUUCAUUUUCUCCUCGCUGCUGGUGCCUUUGUUAAUUUCAUUGCCUAUACUAUCACGAAGACUCACUACUUCUUAUACCUAGCGGUUGCAUUCAUCAUUGCUCUUGGAGCAUACUUAGGAUACUACCGAACCCGUAUGCGAAAGAAAUUCAACAUCAAGGGUAGUGAUAGUUCGUUAGACGAUUGUGUUUUCCAUUUGAUCUGUCCUUGUUGCACAUUAUGUCAGGAGUCAAGAACACUUGAGAUGAACAAUGUUCAAAACGGCACUUGGCACGGUCGUGGUGACACAAUAUUCAUAGGUGGCUUUAGAGAUGAUAGUAAAGCUCUCUCUGAGUUACGCCCUCCUUCUAUUGUAUCCAUCAAGCCUACUGAUGAAGAAAGGAGCAUGGAUGUUAGCAAUGAAUCUUGAGUCAAGGUAAUGGAGAAGCAUUGAAACAAUGGUUCUUCAUCUGAAGUCUCUUCCUGGUAUCUGCAGUGCAUAUUUCAUCAAUUUUGUUGCCAAAGAAAUGAAUGUAAUGAUGGCUGCAACACAUCAAAUUCCCUCUAGUAAUGAUGGCUUCUAAUGUUGUUUUUAUAAUCAUUGGAGGGGGAGACGUUAGUUUGCAAAUGUGCAUGUUGGUUAUGUAUGUCAUUUUCAACUAUUGGGGGUCUUAUUUUAACCAAACCCCUGAGUAUAGUUUGAUUAUAGUGUUGGAAGAAUGCCAUUGUAAUUGUGUAUUAUGCCUGUGAUAAAGAUUUUCGCAAACCUAUCACUUGGCAAGUGAACCAAGUUUCGAAGUAGUAUUUAAAGAUCGUCCUCAGGGAUUUGCGUGUUUA